GGUUUGUGUGUUCGUCUGCGAGAAGAGAAGUCAUCUGAGCAGAUAGGUGGCGGUGUAGCUAGCAUGUUGACAAGCAAGCACAAUUACAAACCCCCGGCGUCAUUCAGUACCCGAUAUUAUGUGAUAUAUUACCAGCAAACUUCAAGGUAGUUUCCGCAUGGUUAACAACCGCUAAUCUGUCCUCUGCUCCGUGUUUACUCAGACUGUUAACGUUAAUGGUGAGUGAUGGCAGUUGAACAGUUUGUGUCAAAGACACUUGAGCUUCUACAAGAGGAGAGGGAGGCUGAAAUAGAUGAAACCAGGGUAUGGCAGGAGAACGUCUCUCUUAAGGAUCUUCAAAACAAAGGAGUAUGUCUGCUGAAACUGCAGAUAGGAAGUCAGUCCACAGGCCUGUAUGGUCGAACUGUCGUCGUCCUAGAGCCAAGAAAGCAUCUUGGUUUCUUAUCUCUUCCAAGCAACAGCUUUGGACCUGGGGACAUAGUUGGCCUGUAUGACACUGGUGGAUGCAGUGCAGUGUCUCAGAUCAGCACAGGGAUAGUGACGAGGGUCACCCAGGCAGCUAUAAGUGUGGCCUUUGACGAUUCAAAGGAUGGGCUCAGUUUUGAUACAGAUGCUCUUUACAAUCUUCUAAAGUUGGCAAAUGAUGUGACUUACAAACGAAUGAAACAUGCCUUGAAUGCAUUAAAUGGAUACUGCAAUGGACCAGCUGCAAAUCUGAUAAAUGUUCUCUUCGGAGACUCAAAACCUUCAUCUCAAUCGCAGCCAAAUGAAGUAGAAUUCUUAAACUCAAACCUGGAUGAUUCCCAGAGAGAAGCUGUGUCCUUUGCUCUGUCUCAGAGAGAACUGGCUGUGAUUCAUGGACCACCAGGCACUGGGAAAACCACCACAGUGGUGGAGAUCAUUCUGCAAGCUGUCAAACAAGGCCAAAAGAUCCUGUGCUGUGCCCCCUCUAACGUGGGUGUGGAUAAUUUAGUGGAGCGGUUAGCCCGAAGCAAGGCCAAGGUUCUGAGGCUGGGACAUCCUGCCAGACUGCUGGAGUCCAUACAGAAACAUUCACUGGAUGCCAUCCUUGCUAAGAGUGACAAUGCAAACAUCAUCGCUGACAUCCGUAAAGACAUCGAUAAAGUGUUUACGGGAAUGAAGAAGAUGCAUGACAAAGGAGAUCGGGGGAACUUCAGAAGGGAAAUAGGAGAGCUAAGAAAGGAGCUGAAAACCAGGGAAGCAACAGCCAUCACUCAGAUCCUGAAAAGUGCUGAUGUCGUCUUAUGCACCAACACAGGUGCUUGUCAUGACGGCCCUCUGAAGUUCCUGCCAGCAGAGCAUUUUGAUUGGGUGGUGAUAGACGAGUGCGCUCAGGCCCUGGAGAGCAGCUGCUGGAUCGCCCUGCUCAGAGCACGCAAGUGUAUUCUGGCUGGAGACUACAAGCAGCUACCACCUACUAUCAAAUCACAAACAGCUGCAUCAAAAGGCUUGUCUCUCAGUCUUAUGGAGAGACUUAUCCAGAUGUACGGGGACUCAGUGGUCCGAAUGCUAACAGUACAGUACCGCAUGAACAGUGCCAUCAUGGAAUGGGCCUCCAAAGAGAUGUACCAGGGAAAACUAACUGCUCACAACUCAGUGGAGAGACACUUGUUAAAAGAUCUACCAGGAGUCACCUGUGUAGAAGAGACCAGCACGCCCCUUCUUCUGAUUGACACAGCAGGCUGUGGUCUGAGUGAAAUGGAGGUCACAGAUGAGCAGUCCAAAGGCAAUCAAGGUGAAGUAGACAUUGUUGAACUGCACAUAAAGGCCUUGACUGAAGCUGGGGUUAAAGCUAAAGACAUAGCUGUUAUUGCACCGUACAAUCUACAAGUUGAUCUUCUGCGCCAGAAACUUUCUGCGAGGCAUCCAGAGCUGGAGAUAAAAUCAGUGGAUGGAUUUCAGGGCAGAGAGAAAGAAGCUGUGGUAUUGUCAUUAGUCCGGUCCAACAGGAAAGGUGAGGUUGGAUUUCUGGCAGAGGACAGAAGGAUAAACGUGGCUGUUACACGUGCGAGACGUCAAAUUGCUGUAGUAUGCGACACCCAAACGGUUCAGAAUCAUGCUUUCCUGAAGUCCCUAGUCAAUCAUAUGACUGAGUUUGGCGAGGUCAGAACAGCAUUUGAGUACAUCCAGGACAUCGUACCACAGAACUACACCCGCGACCACAAAGACACAAAGCCAAGUACAUCUGCCAGCAGCUCCAUGUCAGCUAAACAGAAGGUCAAAGAUCAGCGUCCCAGUAAGGCAAAGCCAGGCCAGAAGAAAUCCACUGGUAGCAGCAUUAAGGAGGAUGAUAAGAAACAAGAUAAGCACACAAACUCCUGCACAUCCGCACUGACAGAGGAGGAACAGAAAAAGAACAGAUACACUGAGAUCAGACAACAGGUGGAGAGCUUUCUGAAGGAUUUAAAUCAGAGUGAGCUAAAGUUUCCAUCAUCGUUUAACUCUCAUGACCGACUGCUGGUCCACCAGAUCGCUGAGGAGAUGAGCCUUGUGCAUGAGAGCAAAGGCGAGGGGAAUGACAGGUGUAUCACUGUCUCAAGACCAGCUGAGGAGCUGACACAAGCAAAGGAAGAAGAAAAAGAAGAAGAAGAAGAAGAAGAAGCAGCUCAGGAAGAGGAAACUACCCCAAAUCCCCCAAAAGAUCCAUUGUGUCAGCUUCCAUUAGAUUUGAAAAGUUUACAUUUGGAGCGAAUGAAGAGGGAGCAACAGAAAAGGGAGGAAAAUGCUCAACAAAAAAAGCAACAGAACAACAUCCCACCAGCUCAAGCACAAUCUUCAAAGAAGGCCAAGUCUAAAGGGAAGAACCGAACCAAGGCAGGCGCCUGUGACAUCGCUGCUGCUGCCGCUCCAGACGAUGACUUCGACACACUUAUCAAUGCUGUCGUGAAGGCUGAAAGUGUGUGCAGCUUUGUCAAGUGUAAAGCCUCUGUGCUAACCCUCGGUCAGCUUUGCCUCUUUUGCAACAGGCAAUAUUGUCUCAGUCAUCACAUACCAGAGGUUCACGGUUGUGGAGAUAAAGCCAAAUCUCAUGCUCGGAUGAGAAUAAGCAAGGAGGGUGUUCUUUAUGCUGGCAGUGGGAAGAAAGACAAAUCCAUGGACCCCAAUAAGAAAGCCUAUCUGCAAAGGAAGCUGGACUCUAAACUGAAAGACAUGGCAUCACAGAGGAAAGUAAAAAACAAAGAGAAGGAUAGUUAACAAUAACAAAUAAAAUCUGCAAUUUAACAGAUUUGAAGCCUGUUCUGAAAAAAAUAAACAGUUCGAAUAUUUAAAAAAUGUUUCUAGUCUUCUUUGAUCAAUUACACAUGCAUCUUUUUAACCCUUCAUUGGAUACAGUCGGGCAUCAUACAGUUUCUUGCUUAAUUUCAUGCAACUUUUAUCUUGUCACUUGCAACAAUCAUACAAAAACACACUCUCCUAUUAAGUCUUCAAGUUUAGAGCUGUGCGUCUAUGGUCAGAGGACAGACUGUCAGUGGGGAGGAGCUUUUCCCCUCUGAGAUCGAACAGGGAUGUGCUCUUUUUAAUUUUUUUCCUUUUAUUAUGUAAACAAGAUCCAAUAACAAUACAUUGGACGAAAACAGAAAACGAAUUCAGUCACAUUACAACACAAUAAUAGUACAUGACAAAUAAAGGAGACACUAGAGGGGUAGAUGAGAACUGUUAUAUAAUGUAUACAAGCACAUUGUGUUGUAAAGAGAGAUUGACAAGUGUUAUACAUAGCAAAGCCAGUGAUUGGCUCCCAAGGACGUGUCCUGGAAAUGUGUGAUUUUGUCCUGUGAGCAGUGUGUGCUGCUCACAAAGUGAGCCAGUGCAUGAUGGAUAUUUUUUCCAGUUGAGCAAUAUGAUCUUUUUAUCCACUGUUAAUGCUAUUAAAAUGUAAAUGGUUUAGAGUAUUGUGUGAUGUGAGGUCACCCAGGAUUCAGACGGCUGGAUAGAGGGGGGAUGCUGAGGCCAAGUAUGUGGGAUAGCCUGCUCAUGAUCUCCGACCAGAGGGAUUGAACAGGUGAACAGAGCCAGAAGGCAUGAAAAUAAUCAUCUAUUGCACGUGGACAGUCAUGGGAUUUAUUAUCAUCAGAAAAUCCCAUAUGAUAUAGAUGUGAUCUGUUAUAUGAGUUCUUGUAUUAGUUGAGUUCCAUUUAACUGUGAGUAUUGACGCAAUGUUUUCCUGAUGUAAAAAAAGAUUUGUAUAUCUUCAAUGGCCUCAGUGACUUCAAGUUAUGAUAAACUGUUAAGAGGCUGUGUCAUUAUCAAAAUUACUGAUCAUUUUCACCUUGAUGGCUUCUUCCAGCUGUACAUAUUUAAAGUGGCAACAGUGAGGUAUAUUGUAGUUAAGGUCAAAGAUCAUGAACAGGCCACCACUGAAAUGGUUCCCCAGGCUGGCUACUCCCCUCUCCUUCCACGCUGGAAAGACAAAAGGCCUCAAAAAGAUGACUGAUAAUACUGUAUUUUCCACCACGCUGUGAGGGUGGUGUUGAUGGCUUAACAUUUGAAACAGAUGUUUAAUGGUCUUGUCAGUAAAAGGAAGGUUUUUGGUGGGGUUUUCAUGUGUUAUUGUCUAUUCUACAUCCAGUUAGGAUGGAUUUGUGUUGUUUGUCCAGUGCCAAAUAUAUAGGAUUGCAUGCGGUGUGGCAGGAAAUAAUGGUAAUGGGUUUUUGUACGAGGACAGAUAUUUUAAUUCGAGGCCUUCUGUCUUUCCAACAGAAACGAUUAACUGUUAAGAGAGGACAGCCAGCUGUGGGGCAUGUUAACAGGAGUAAUGGCAGAGAGGUAGUUUAUUCUUGCAAGUAUGUUAAUUUUGACUGCAGAUAUGACCACAUAGUGAUAGUGACAGUUUAUUCCAACGUUCCGAGUCCCCUUUAAUGGUCUUUAACAGCAGAGAGAAGUUUGGUUUUGUUUAGAUUUUAUGAUAAAUGAAUACCUAGGUAUUUUAUGGAAUGAGGGUAAAUCCCCGUCCUCGGCAUCCCAGUCUUGGACUUGACCUAGUUGAUGGAAGACACCUUACUUGCACUGUUAAUGAGACUAUGGACUGACUGAAGAGAGGUUAAAGAAGAAGUCAAGUAUAACUGGAUGUCAUCGGCAUAUAAACUGAUUUUAUGAUGAAGUGAUUUAGAUUGAAUGCCUGAUAUACUGUGAUUUUGCUUUAUGAAUGUAAUUAGAGAUACUAUGAAAAAGAACGUAGUUAUGGUGAUAGUGGACAUCCCUUUGUCAUGCCUCUUUUUAACACAAGGGUUUUUAAUGUAAUUUCACUGGUUAUUACUGACCAUUACUGGCAGUGGGGGAUGAGUACAGUAUUUAAUCCAAUUAGUGAAACACAGACCAAAUGGAUGAUGAUUUCAUGUUAUGUAAGUUGUUAAGUUUAUAUUUAGUUUUUAAUAGGUCUCUGAAGGUAGGGCCUGUGGACAUUUGUGAGGCUAGGUGGUCCAGGCUAAGUGAUGUUCUUUUUUUUGUUUUUGGUUUGUGCAAAAUGCUAUAAUUCUUCCUCUCAUUACUGCUUUUGCUGUUUCCCAUAAUGUAUGUGUGUUGUAGGUGUCUAGAAAGAAAGUCCAGUCUUGAUCAAAAUAUUUGAUGAAAUCCUUAUGUCAGAGUAGUGAGGUAUUGAAGUGGGAGUCUGCUAGGAAUGUCAUGGUGACGGGGGCAUGAUCUGAAAGGGCGAUGCAAUGAAUGGUGGAGUCAGAUAGCGUUGUUAAUCAAUAAUCAAUGUGUGGGUAUAAUUUGUGGUAUGGGGAGUAAUAUGAAUACUCUCUUUUAAUUGGGUUUUGCAAUCUCCAUGUGUCAGUCAGUCCAUAGUCCUCUACAUAGACCGGCCUAUUUUUGGGAUUUAAUGAUGUGUUCUUAAACGAGAAACAUACAGUAAGUGCUUGUGCAGUAAAUGUAAAGUAAAGUAAAGUAAAUGUGUUGCUUUGCUGCAAGUUUUUUUUUUUUUAAAUGAUAUUUUACAGCAGGGUUUGUAAUGACAUAAGUAGCUCACCUCGUUGCUUUGACUAUGAAAGUUUCAAAACGUAUGGUGAUGUUUGUUGAAACUAUUUCGUCCCUGCUGUACCAAAAGUUUACACCAUAAGAUUAAAUUAAUCAGUGUCUCACAUCCGUGAGAGAGCACUUUCCCAAACUACAACUACAGUUUCACUAAAAGAAGUCUUAGUCUAAGGGGCUUACAUUUUUUAAGGAAAAUGUACUAUAUAUUACAAACUUCAUGUAAGCCAUGAUCAUUUUUGAUUCAAAUGGCUUUUUUCCAAAUCAAAAUAUGUAAAAUAAAUUGAACAAAUAUAUAAGGAAUUUGGUAAAAGCCACUGAAUAUUAUUAAAUACUGUGAUAAAUAAUUCUGAUACAAGUAAAUAUGCAAUUAAAUGGAAACAUCCAUUGAUGUAAUCCAAUUUAGUUGCUCUGUAUCGUAAAUAAAACAUGCAACAUCUGA